CUAUUUUCUAAACUUUCACAAUUUAAUCGUUGAUAUUCAUUACAAAAAUUAAUUUCGGCAUUUUAAUUUUUAACUUUUAAGUAUUGGUAAUUUUGGAAUAGUAAAUAAACGAUUUUUUUAGUGUAAAAUGUUUUAAAAUUAUUCGUUACUUAACAAUCAAGCUUUUUUAGCUGGUACCUAGUUUCUAAAUUUAACAAAACAAUUUAAUUUUUGCCUAUCCAAUAUUAUACGUCUCACCGAAUAAUUAUUAAUUAGGUUCGAUCGUCUGUUUUAAAAUGUCAAUAGCAGAAUUUUUGGAUGGUUUGCCAUCCUUUGAUGCUCGAAAUUUUUCAAGAUUUCAUUCAGACAACGGAAGGAGUAAGCGAGCACCGGUUUAUAUAUCUACGAAAGAUUCACCAUCUGAUCAAAUAAUUGUUACAGAUAAGUCAAAUUUACUCUUACGAUACCUACACAAUCAGUGGGACAAGAAGCACGGUGGCAAAAAAAGAGAAUUAGCCGAUAACGCAGAAGAACAGGCUGGCUCGUCUAAAAAGCGUGCAAGAAUCGAGUUACCUGCUAUGGUCUGAAGUAACAUAACAACUGAACUAUUAUUCAUAGAAUUCCAACAAAUUAUAUUCACUCAUUUAUUUGCAUUCACAUAUACUUAAUUUAAAUAUAUCUAUUUUAAUUA